CUUCAUACUGGUAGGUUGCAACAGCCCAGAGUGGUAUCUCAUCUCAUCUCUUCAACUCCAUUCAAACCCGAGAUCUGCAGGAUGGACAAGGACAUACAACAGCGCUUCCUACAAGCAGAGGAGUCCCUAAUGGAUUCAAUAUUGCGCGAGGACAAACUCGAAUCCUUGAUGUCAUUCAAGUCAUCUUGGAAUUCAUUGCACGCAGAUUUUUCCCGUUGUCUAUCCGCAGGCGAACUGUCUGAUGACACUAUAUUGCUUGCGAACAUAGUGACUUCAAGGGUGGAAACCAUAGCCAACUGCCUUGUUGACUUCCACAAAACAUAUGAAGAAUUACACGAUCAACUUAUUGAUGGCAUGGGCGGCAUUCUAGAUCGCCUUAAUCGUGUCACUAUUUCGCCUCCAUCAAUGCCCACGACACGCGAUGAACGAUCAUCAGAGUCUUCCCUGCCCCCAUUUAUCGAACCAGCAUACAAAUGGCUGCUCGCUAAUAUUCAUAACCCUUACCCGUCUUCUGAUACGAAAGCAAAUAUUGCCAGCAGCUCUGGAUGUUCCAUGAACCCCGUUACUACCUGGUUCAUCAGUGCUCGCCGUCGCAUCGGCUGGACGACGAUUUGCCGCAAACACUUUAACAACUGCCGAGCAGACACUAUUGAUGCUGCUUCUCGUGCUCUGGUCAAAGAAGACCCUGCCCGUGUUCUUGCACCCGCCGUUUUCCAUGAUUUCCAGCAGAUGAAGGCUGCUACACAAGAUCUUUAUGCCUCUACUUUCACCAAAAGUGCGCUUGCAGGUGACCUAGACGUGGUGGUCAAGGAUAUGACAGAGGACGACAGAUUACGAUUGGAGCGGGAGAAGAAGGAGCGCGCACAACAGGAAAAGAAACAACGCGAGGAGGAGAAGGAGAUGCGGAGAAUCCAAAGGGCGCUUGAUAGGCAGGCUCGGAAGGCGCACACAGCUUUUAUUUCGUAUCCAUCUCCCAGGCACUCGCAGUCUCCAUCUCCCGUUCCCACUCUUGAGGAUUCAUGGACAGACGAGAGUGAAGACGAAGAAGAUUUCAUUCCACCCAUUCUAGCUGGUCGCAAGCGACGUGCCUCUGUAUCAUCUAUAUCAACUGAUCUUAAUCAAUCUUUAUGUGCAGAUCGUCCGACGAAACGCCUUCGGUCCAGCGCGAAAGACCUGACCCCCUUUGCAGAUACUUCUGCCUUACCAUCGCCUCCAUCAAGCAGCGGUGGACUGGAUAACAUUGAGGAGAUCCGAAUAAUUGCACCUCAGCUAUCUUCAGGGUCUUCGCGAAAGCGAAGGCUAUCAGACGCUGCUACUCACGCUGUGUCCAAGCGUCCGAGAGACCUCCAUGUUGGACCCCGCGUUCAUGCUGUGUCUGAUCCUCUUCCAAGAGCAUCCGUUCCUCUCGAGUCAAACAUUGAUCACUGGUUUCAGACAAAUUUCUUCGAGAUUCCUGGUCCAGUUGAGAACGUCAGUUUCGAUCAGUUUGCCCCCGUUGACAUUGAAGUAUUCAACGGAUACGCAUUCCCUGAUACCCAAAUAAAUUCCGUCGGACAACCCUUCCAACAAAAGUGCAUCCAGCCCGCUCUAGUAGACCUUGCAUCGUUCGAGGCAAAAUUGACUGAUUUGGAAGUUCCUUCCCACGCUCAUGUCCCUGCACCGGAUCUUGGUGAUUUCGACCAUUUCAAUUUCUUCAACGCGAUAUCCACAAUCGCUCCCAAUCAUUCUGGCGAGGCCGUCAGAGCUUCCACAGCAAUUGACACCAUUUUCCAGCCGUCAGUAGAUCUCACUGACAUUGUUCCUUCGGAUCCUUUCAGCUGGACGGAUCUUUUGAACUCUGAGCAACCCUUCUUGUCCGACAUCGAUCAAUUCUCGCUGCCAUCGUCUUGCGACGACUUCUCACAGCUAUUACCAGCGAUCGAUCUCUCUGCGCUCCAGCUUCCCCCGUUGUUCCAUGCUCCACAACCACAGCCUCCCUCACCUGCUGAUGGCGCUCGCUUGGCGAAGCUGGAGCAACUCCAGCUUCUAAGAGAACAAACUCGGAUACUGGAGCAGGAUCUAGCAGUAUCUGUGUAAUUGUCCUUGUUCUUCGUUGGUGGCUUUGUUUGCUGAUCCUGGAGGUAGAUAAUCAUCAAAAUGUUCGCUUCGCUAUGCUGUUCGUAUACGUUAUGCGGCCUAUCAAGAUAUAUGUAAUAUUAUUCAUAUCGUAUCUCAACUCAUUGUGCGCAUUGCAUAAUAUACCCUGCAUCAUGCAUCAUGUAUGACACUCAUCCCGCAUUUACCUUGUUCACAUGUUACAUUUUGUUUUCCUUCGCUUUACAAUCGCUCUGUAUGUACUGGAAUCAAACAAAACAGAUU